AUGGCCGCCGACAAGCUGUGGCGGCUGAGGAGGCCCCUGGCCGCGGCCUUCAGCAGCGCCGCGGCGGCGGGAACCGGGCGGCCAGCCCCGCCGGAGAAGCUGACGGUGCGGCGGCAGGCGGAGGGCGUCCGAAACAUCGUCUUGAACAACCCGAGGAAAAGAAACGCCCUGUCCCUCUCCAUGCUGCAGUCCCUGCGGGAGGACCUGCUGCAUGACGUCAAAAGCAAAGACCUCCGGGUGAUCAUCAUCUCAGCUGAAGGACCUGUAUUUUGUUCCGGCCAUGAUUUAAAGGAACUGUCAAGUGAAGAUGAUGUGAAGCAUCAUUCCCAAGUAUUUGAAAUAUGUGCAGAGGUUAUGACUUUAAUCCAGAAACUUCCAGUACCAGUGAUCGCCAAAGUAAAUGGGUUGGCUACAGCAGCAGGCUGUCAGCUUGUGGCAAGCUGUGACAUCGCAGUGGCAAGUGAGAAAUCUCAAUUUGCUACUCCUGGAGUAAACAUUGGACUGUUUUGUUCCACACCAGCUGUGGCCUUGGGCAGAUCUCUUCCAAGAAAGGUGGCGUUAGAGAUGCUUUUCACGGGUGAACCUCUUUCUGCCCAAGAAGCAUUAAUGCACGGGCUUGUCAGCAAGGUGGUACCAGAAGACAAGCUGGAAGAAGAGACCAUGAAAAUCUCUCACAAGAUAUGCAAAAGCAGCAAAUCUGUCCUGGCAUUGGGGAAAGCCACUUUUUACAGACAGAUGACACAGGACCUUGAUACUGCUUACAAAAUGACUACUCAGGUCAUGGUAGACAAUUUGACUUUGAGAGAUGGGCAGGAAGGUAUUGAAGCCUUUAUUCAGAAACGUAAGCCUGUCUGGUCACACUCUCAGGAUGAGAAGAAAUGAAUCUUGUUUCUAAGCUAACCUUAGCUGUGCUUUAUGAUUCUUCACGCAGUUGCCUUUGGGAACUAUAUUUUUGUUCUUACUGAAAGUUAAAUUUCUCUUCUUACAUAUGCCAAAGACACAAUAAAUUUAUUCUAAGUAUAUAAUAAAUAUCAAGAAAAAUCAAACCAAAUGGUUUUUUUCAGCAAUGAAUUUAAUCUAUGGUUUUAGAAGGAACUCUAUGCUGCAAAAAUCAGUUUAAUAUGUCCCAGGUUACUUAGGGAAUCACAGGGACUGGGAGAGAGCUCAGAUCACCCUGUUCAGUACCUGUCCCCAUAGUUCUGGAUGAGAAUUUCUAUUUAUUGUUAUUAAUAGAGAAUUAAAGGGUUUGGACACAUUCCAGAGAUGAUGGUAGUACAUAUCAUAAUGGAUUCUAAUACUGUUUAUAUGUUACAAACAAAAGCCUGUAACAGUAGUCCAUUGCUCCUUAUGAAUAUAUCUGCUUAUG